AUGCCGGGUCCCUGUGUUAGGGACCUAGAGCGGCCACGCGGUCCAGAGGCGGGGGUGGUGGGGUGGGUUAAGGCGGCGCAGCCUUCCCGACUGAGGAAGACGCGGAAGCUCCGGCACGUCAGUCAUGGCCACGGACGCAUUGGCAAGCACCCCGGAGGUCGCGGUGAUGCAGGAGGCCUGCACCGUCACCGAAUCAACUUGGACAAAUAUCACCCAGGUUACUUUGGGAAAGUGGGAAUGAGGCAUUACCACUUGAAGAAGAACCAAAGCUACUGCCCAACUGUCAACCUUGACAAACUGUGGACACUGGUCAGUGAGCAGACCAGGAUUAAUGCUGCCAAAAGCAAGGAUGGGCUUGCCCCAAUCAUUGAUGUUGUGCGCUCUGGUUACUACAAAGUCCUAGGAAAGGGGAAACUGCCCACGCAGCCAGUCAUUGUGAAGGCAAAAUUCUUCAGCAGAAGAGCAGAGGAAAAAAUUAAGGGUGUUGGUGGAGCCUGUGUCCUUGUGGCAUAAGAAUCCAAUGUUAACCAAUAAAAUAAAUGGCUUUAUUUAAAAAAAAAAGAA